AGUUCCCGAACGAUGAGAAAAUCGGUAAAGCCGAUACCGAUGCCUCGACCCAACGGAAAACACGCGAUCCAAGUGACGACGCUUGGCGAUUGAUAAGUAUACACGGGCCAAGGGUACAAUACCGAUCAUGCUUGUACGGUGGUGAGGCGGGUGUGCGCGCGUGUAUUGGUGCAAGGGGGCAGCAGCUUUGAUGGACCAAGAGGAGGAGGCUCGAGCGCGCUGUCUGAGCCGACCGCCGAAAAGGUACGAGAUAUACUCGAACAAGAGGCGCAGGGACAAGAUGCCGAGGAGCGCGGCCGUGGCCAAUGCCGCCACCCUGCAGCCCAUCGAGGAGGCCAACUCUGGGAAAUCCACCGCCAACAACGAGCAGCACGACAAGGACAGUUUGAACGAGACCGGGAGCACGACGGGCGACACGGUGGACGGGGGCCCGGGAGGGGCCGCGGGUGGGCCCUCGAACGGCAACGGCCGGCACCAGCAGGUCCGCACCUCGGGCGGCGCCGACAACAAAUCGUCACCGGAACGCGACUCUCGCCAGCAACGCUCGCACUCGCCGUCGUCACCCAAGUCGCUCGUGUCGAGGAUACUGGCGCGCUCCAGGACCCCCGACGACCUCCUGGACCACUCCGAGCCAUUCUCGCAACUAUGGAUAGUCCUGUCGAACGUGUACGGGCAGCUCGUGAUAGUGAUCACGAUGGCCCUGUGCCUGGCCGAAGUCAUGGACACGCCCGUGCCACUGCUCAGCCUUCAGGGUAUAUUCCUGAUAUACAUGUACGUGGGCAGUAUCGUCGUGAUAAUCGGCAUCUACAUGUGGGUCCUGGUGGACAGUUGCGGUAGCCUGCGCUCGGGGCCGGGUCUGCGGGACGCGGAGCUCGGCGGCGCCUCGCUCACGAGGUUCGGCUCCCUCAAGCGCGCCCACAUAUCCCGAUCCAAGACCGCGCCCACGAGCUUUUACAUAAGAGUCGGGGCGCUCGUGUUCGGCCUAGCCGCGCUUGUGUUCAACGGAUUGGAGAUGGCGAUGCACUACAUGAUGCAGGGCGCCGAGUGCCUCAACGACAUCAUCUUCGUCCACCCGGUCUUGCACGGGCUCUUCACCUUCCUCAUGAUGCACUUUCUCUUCGUCAGAUCGCAGGUGCUGGUGGAAAGGUUCGGCCUGGCGGCGCGCUUUUGCUUCACCCACCUGGCGGCGACCAACAUAGCCGUGUGGGCGCGCCUCGUCAUCUGGGACUCGGCCCAGGAGUACACCUACUACGUCCACCUGGCCCAGCGCGGGCCGCUCAGUGCCGCCUCGCCCCUGAAGCUGCGGGGCUUUCCCGGCUCCUUGACCAAGCAGACGCGCGAGAUACCCGAUGACAUCCCUUACGAGGAGGAGUUGCCGAUGAACCGGUACGUGCCGAUCUCCCAGGAGCAGAUAUCCCAGGUCGUCGCUUUGCAGGAGUGCUUUAACACCAACUCCCUCGGGCAGUUCUGGACCUCGAGUAUGCCGAUUUUGUACCCGUUCAUCGUUCAGUUCAGUUUGAUAGCCGCAGCGGUGACCUUCGUGAUGGGCCAAAACGUCGGCCGGUCGAGCCGGUUGCUGCACAAAAAGUUCCACAGCAUGAAGGACCUCCCGGGCUCGGGUAGGAUGGGCUGCAGCGGUUCGAGCAAGGGCCUCUUUCUCGGUAUCCUGUGCACGGUCGCUGGCAUCGUGGCGAUCCUGAUAUUCCUGGUGGUGCGCGAGGACGAGAAUUUUCCCGUCGUCACCCUGACUUGGUUGACUUGCGGCACCCUCGGCACCAUACUCGCCCUCAGCGGACUGAUGACGGCCAGCGGACUCGUGCAGAUCCGGCAGAUGUCGGUGGUCACGAGAGCCCCCGCGGCCCUCGACACCCUGCUGUCCAAUGUCGCGCUCUUCGGCGUUCAGCUCUACUCCGUGUUCACGAUAGUCGCCUCGGCCUGCUCGUUGGCCACCCUCGAUCUCCAGGACACUGAAAACGAGCCCAACAAGGAGGUCGAGGACAUGCGGGAUAGGCACAUCCUCCUGCUCACGACGUCGGCUCUGCAGCUGGUCCAGUGCUUCGCCCAGAGCACCCUGAUCGCCGAGGCCUCCAAGAGAUGCUGCAUCACUCGUGUCCAGAUCAUGGCCAAGCCGGGCAGGCAGAUCAUCACGUUUCUACUGUUUAGCAAUGUCGUGAUGUGGACCUUCGACACCAUAGUCACGCAAAACUGGAUAUCGCAAGAGCUACAGCUCAGGUUCUUCGGUAUACUGGCGUGGGGCGUCAUCUCGAGGAUCGGCCUGCCGCUGCUCAUAUUCUAUCGGUUUCACAGCUUCGUUUUACUAUUCGAGGCCUGGAGCAAGUGCUACAGAACGAUCAAGAGCGACCACCCGCUCAACUGACGACACACACUGGCCGACAAAUUCUCCUUCAGAUUCAAGUCAAAGGUCUGGAGCAGCGACAAGAGCAAGAAGAAGAAGAAGAAGAAACAGCCAAGCCAACGUUACCGCAAGCACCGCAACCUCGACUCCGGCUGUCGCCAGCGGGGCGAGAAGACGGCGCGGCGGGCCUAUUUGCACCCCUACAUGGACAGCGCGAGUUGGCUUUACUUGGACGCCCAUCUGCCGUACGUGGCCCA